AUGGUGAAUGAGAUUUCCAUAGGCUUAAUUGAGAAGGAAGACGUUUGGAAUGCUUUAAAGUCGGCUCAAAAAGAUAAGGUCAGACAGUUCAUGGCCUUCACGAAUGCGAGCGAACGUAUUUCCAUCCGAAAACUUAAAGAAUGCAAUUGGAACGUCGAGGUAGCGGUGGACGCUUUUUUCAACGAUCAACCUAGCACCUGGAGAGCUUUCGGUGGGAGUUCACAAGGUUCAGUAAACACUGACGCUUAUAAGCUCAAUCAGAUUUUCUCAAAGUAUAAAGAUAAGGAUGAAGACGCCAUUUUGGUGGACGGAAUGUUGGAGUAUUGCAACGAUUUGCAUGUUUCACCUGAAGAUGUUGUUUUGUUGGUCAUUGCGUGGAAUCUUGAAGCAGAAAGAAUGUGCGAAUUCAAGAGACAGAAUUUUAUCAAUGGUUGGACAAAAUUGAGAUGUGAUUCAAUUGAAAAGAUGCGUGCGGCAAUACCUCGGCUUCGUCAGUCACUGAAGGAGGAAGCCACAUUUAAGGAGGUUUACCAGUUUACUUUUAAAUUCGGAUUGAGCGAGAACCAGAAAUCUUUGAGUCUCGAUGUGGCGAUAGAACUCUGGAAGUUGCUCUUGAGCGAUCGUUGGCAACAUCUUGACAUAUGGAUAGAAUUCUUAAAAGAAAAGCACGGAAAAUCGAUCUCCAAAGAUACGUGGAAUUUGCUGCUAGAUUUUAUCAAACAGAUUAAUCUCGAACUUUCUAAUUAUGACGCUGAAGGUGCUUGGCCUGUCCUUAUCGACGAGUUUGUGGAUUAUGCUAGAGAGAAAUUGCAAUUGCGAUCAUCCUAG